UCGAUUCUUAUAACAUUUAAGUGUAUAAAUUUAGGUAACAAGAAUUUUUAAACACGAUUAUUGGAUCAUCGAUAUUGCGAUUACUCGAUGUUUAAAAUUCUGUAUACUUCAGGUGAAUUUGUCGUGUUGCGUUGCUGCAAAUGAAAUAGUGUUGAAUACCGCUAAUUUGAUAUCUUUUUUUCUUUUGAUUUAUUCUGUUGUAUAAUAUUCUAAUAUUAUAAUUUAAAUUAAGUGAAAAUAAAAUAUUAUGUGAUAUUAAAAUUUAUUUCGAUACGAAUGGAGUGAGACACAUGCAUUUGUUUGUAUGUAUGCGUUAUCAUGUGUAUAUUAUACAGUAAAGUAAAUUAGAUUGGAUGCAACAGACUUGAAAAUGUUCUCACGUUUUUGCUACGCAAGUUUGUAUUGCGUGUGCAUGUGAAAUUCUUAAGUAAGAAGAUGAACGCCCAAACACAAGAACACGGUCAUGCUGUUGUUGUUUGGGAGUGGGAAAAUCGUCAUGGGCGAUGGAGACCUUAUAGUCCUGCGGUGUCUCAACAUCUUGAGAGAGCACAUUGUAAAAAAUUAACUCGCGUUUUUCUGAAUGAUGCAGAUCCGAAUUUGGACAGGUAUUAUAUAAAUUUGAAAACAAAAACACAAUGUAGCGAAGAUGGAGAUGAAGUGCACAAUGUUAGAAGAAAAUUUUACCUUCCAAGUUCGCCAGCUGGGAAAGGAGCUAAGUGGGAAUGGGCUGGUGAUACAGAUGAUUGGCAUACAUAUGAUAUGGAAGUGCAAUGUUUCAUAGAAGAAGCAUGGGCAAGAGGUGAUAAAACUAUCGAUGUUUCUAAAACAUAUUUAGGUUUUCCAUAUAUCAUAAACUUUUGUAAUUUAACUCAAGUACGUUGUUGUACUGGAUAUGUAAGACCGAUACGACGUAUUCAACAAGCGCCUUAUCCCUUAGUCAAAGUUGCUUUAGAAGAAUUACAGGUUAUUUCCGAGAUAAAAGCAACAUCUGCAACUGUCAAAAACAUAACUACGAAAAUCACACAUAAAAAGUCUACUGGAAAUACAAAAAAGAAUAAUAAAAAGAGCAAAAAUGGAGAUACUGGUCCAUCAAAUAUAGCUCGUGUUAUUUUGAGCAAUUUUAAUAUAUUUAGCAAUAAACACGGAGUAGAAAAUAAUAAUUCAAUUACAAAUAUCGAAUCUGGACAAAAAAGAAAAACUUGGGAUAGUGCAUUGGAUGUAGAUUCCAGCAGUACGAAAAGUGGUCGAAGACCAAGUGUUGAUACAGUUUCUACAUAUUUGAGUCAUGAAAAUCCGAUAGAUUUAUUGGAUAGUAGUGUAGGAAGUGAUGAUGUUUUCAAAGAUACUAUUUUGGGUGUAGAUACUGAAUCUGAUGUUAUUUCCCAAUAUGUAAAAGUAGUAGAAAGUGAUAAUUGUGAUUCUUGUCCCGUAUGUCUCGGUAUGCCAGAACCACUAACAGUAGAGUUGACUCGUUGUAAACAUAGAUUACAUUUACCAUGUUUGAAUGCAAUGCUCAGUUGUCAGCAGCCUCCUAUGUAUAUACAGUGUCCUGUUUGUCGUUUAAUUUAUGGUGAAAAAAGAGGAAAUCAACCUUCUGGAACUAUGAACUGGACAAGAAUACCUCGAGCAUUGCCUGGUUUUCCAAAUACAAAUACAAUUCAGAUAACUUACGACAUUCCAUCAGGAAUUCAAGGAAACGAACAUCCGAAUCCUGGUCAAGCUUAUUAUGCCGUAGGCUUUCCACGUAUAUGUUAUCUUCCAGAUAAUAAUUUAGGCCGUAGAGUUUUAAGAUUAUUACAGAUUGCAUUUGAACGAAAAUUAAUAUUUACGAUUGGGCGAUCAGUAACUACUGGAAGAGAAGAUGUAGUAACAUGGAACGAAAUUCAUCAUAAGACUGAAUUGGGUCCAUCAACAACUGGUCAUGGAUAUCCUGAUAAAAGUUAUCUUGAAAGAACAUUAGCUGAAUUAGCAGCUCAAGGUGUAACAGAUGGACAAUCAUCACCUAUAUUGUAUCAGGAAAUGAAGUAAUAAUUUUUAUUUAAUAUUCAUUUUACAAUUAAUAUUCAGUAGUGUAAUUCAUUAGUGGAUUCCGCGCUGUGUUCAUUUAAUAUCACUUUAUUUUUAAAACUAUCAAACUAUAUAAAAAUAGCGUUAAAAUAUAAAUUGUCUAAAGUCGAUUAUAAUUUCUUAUAUUCGUUAUAUUAUUUUCCUUCCAUUUAAUGGUUGGAAAAGUAAUAAAUAUUUAUAUAUGAACAUUUGUUUUUUAUAAUAUUAUAUUAGAAAAAAAUUACCUAGAUAUAUAAAUAUAAAUCUCUGUUAGAGAUAAAUAUAUGAAGUAAGAAUAUGAUUUGUAUGUAUUCUAAAACAAGAAAAAUACACAUAUUUUACAUGCUGAAUUGUGUAAAAUUAUUGUAUUUAUAACAAGUUUCGUGAUGUUUAUAAUUAUAUAUUUUUAUAUUAAUGCAUUAUUAUACAUACUAUUAUUUUGUCAAGAAGGUUGAUUGUUUUGUAUUUUUUGGAUUAGUAUGCGAUAGGUGGCGCGACUUUGAAUCCAAUAAAAUGGCCGAAAAUUGAUUUUUCUACGCGGACGUGAGUUCUAUGUAAUUUUUUACAUUCAAAUACGAACGAAUGCCGUAUAUAUUGAGAAACUACAAUGUUUUAGAUAAAAAGCAACGAGAAUUACAUUGUUACGGAUCGUGAUCGAUUGAGUAUAAAUAUUACGAUCAAAUAUUAAAGCGUGAAGAAUUUAUGUUAUACUACCUGGCACAAAGGCGUCCGAUAAAUUUCUAAUGUUUUUUUGAAAUAAGAAUUCGCGCCUAAAUGAGUGCUAAAGACCAAUACAAUUGCGUUUUGUGUGACUCGAAAUUAGAAUCCAAGGAAGCUUUGCAAGCGCAUUUUAGAGUUAAAUACUGUGUAUAUAGGAAACAUGCCAACAAAGAAAUAGAUACUCGUGGUAGACCUGUGAAAACAAGCAAAAAUGAUGAUACUCAAUGUGAUGUGUGUGGGCAAGAAUUUAAUUCAAUUAGUGCAACAAUACAACAUAGAUUUAAAGUUCAUCCUAAUUCGCCAACAAAGUUUUAUUGUCAUUAUUGUGGGAUGCAAUUUCCUCUAAAAACACACAGGGAUAAUCAUCAAGCAUCUCAUGAUUCAUCUGAAAGUGAGAGAAAAGAACAGCAUAAGAAAUGCGAAGACUGUGAUGUAUUGUUUUAUAAUGAAAAAGCUUUAGAUUAUCAUUAUCGUUCUAUACAUAAAAGGAUGGUACAUUUAUUUCAACCAAUAGCAACACCACCUCCUAGCAAUAAAAUUAAAGUAAAUUCAAUGAAUGAUGCUCUUAGUGUAUAUUACUGUCAUUUAUGUGGUGCUGAAUAUAUUAUAAAAUUUAAUUUGCAACGGCAUUUGGAAAGAGCUCAUACUCAAGAAGAAAGAGAAGCUGUUCCAGAAGAUUUAAUAAAAUGUACAGUGUGUGCUGCUUUAUUUUGCAGUAAAAGAGCAUAUGAAGUGCAUAACAGUUAUCAUCAACCAGAUGAUUUAUAUGUAACAUCAGAAGAACAAAGGUUGCAAAUUGUAACUAAAGUAGAUCAAGAUUUUGAUAUAAGGCGUGUUGAGGGAGUUGCUGACAAAUAUGUUCCAAAAAGUAAUACUCCAAAAAGGCCUGCUAAAAAUUGGCCAAAGCUUAAAAGGACACAGAAAGCAGAAGUGAAACAAAAAGAUUAUUCUUCUUCAGAUGAUGAACCUGGUGCUACGAAUGAAUCCAGUGAUUCAGAAAGUGAUCUUCCAUUGAAACAAAGGAUUUGCAACUAAUGGAGAUGGAAGAGUUUUGGAGAUUUUUCAACAUACAUUUCAACAUACAUAGGUUAAUACUUUUUUUGGACUGUCGACAAAAGAAUAUAUCAUUACAUCUAAAAAAGUGGGAUGACCUCGAAAUCAAAUGCCCUCAUCUAUAAAAAAAAUACAUGUACCACAUAACUAUAUAUGUACCACAUAUGCUUCUCUAAAUCAUGCAACUUUUGUAUAUAACAAUUUUUCUUCGAACUUAUGGUUUUAAAUUUAUUUAAGGUAAAACACUGUAUGUAUACAUUUAGUUUUAUUUAUAUAAAAUGUUUUCAUGUUACUGUAUGAAACAUAAAUUUGUAUAUUUUCGUAAAUAUUUGUCUACAAUUAUAUGUGUGUGUGUA